GACAGACGACAAGCUCCGCCCCUCUGAGGCGCUUGACGUUGAACCGCAGCCCCUUUCAUUUCCAGCUUUGCAGAUCUCCAUUUUCUUCGGACCCGAUAUUCACAAGUAGAAGCGCAAAAACUUGGAAAAAUGAAUGAAGAAUACGACGUUAUCGUGCUGGGUACCGGACUGACGGAAUGUAUUCUGUCAGGCAUCAUGUCAGUGAAGGGGAAGAAGGUUCUGCACAUGGACCGCAACCCCUACUACGGAGGCGAGAGUGCCUCCGUCACGCCUCUUGAAGAUGUCUACAAGCACUUCAAGAUCCCCGGCGCCGUUCCUGAGUCGAUGGGGAAAGGCCGAGAGUGGAACGUGGACCUCGUCCCCAAAUUCCUCAUGGCCAACGGCCAGCUGGUCCGCAUGCUGCUGAUCACAGAGGUGACUCGCUACCUGGAUUUCAAAGUGAUUGAAGGCAGUUUUGUGUACAAGAAGGGUGCAAUCCACAAAGUCCCCUCCACUGAGGCCGAGGCCCUUAAAUCUGGUCUGAUGGGCAUAUUUGAGAAACGGCGCUUCAGAAAGUUCCUGUUGUUCAUCGCCAACUUCGACGAGAAUGACCCCAAAACCAUGGAGGAUGUCGAUCCCCAAAAGACAAUGAUGAAAGACGUCUUCAAAAAGUUUGACCUGGGCCAAGAUGUCAUAGACUUUACUGGCCACUCCCUCGCUCUCUACCGCACAGACGACUACCUGAAUCAACCCUGCAUCGACGCAAUAAACAGGAUAAAGCUGUACAGCGAAUCUCUGGCAAGAUAUGGCAAGAGUCCGUACCUCUACCCACUGUACGGCCUGGGAGAGAUGCCCCAAGGUUUCGCCAGGCUGAGUGCCAUCUAUGGAGGGACCUACAUGUUGAACAAGCCCAUUGAAGAGAUCAUCUUCGAGAAUGGGAAGGUGGUGGGCGUCAAGUCUGAGGGAGAGAUCGCCCGGUGCAAGCAGCUCAUCUGCGACCCCAGCUACGUCAUGGACCGCGCCAACAAGGUGGGCAAGGUGAUCCGGGCCAUCUGCAUCCUGAGUCACCCCAUCAAGAACACCAACGACGCCAACUCGUGCCAGAUCAUCAUUCCCCAGAAUCAGGUCAACAGGAAGCACGACAUCUACGUGUGCAUGAUCUCUUACGCUCACCACGUGGCGGCCGGGGGUAAAUACAUCGCCAUCGCCAGCACUACAGUGGAGACGAACGACCCGGAGAGCGAGAUCAAGCCGGCCCUGGACCUGCUGCAGCCCAUCGAGCAGAAGUUCAUCAGCAUUAGUGACCUGUAUGCACCCACCGAUCUGGGCACUGACAGCCAGAUUUUCAUCUCCCGCUCCUACGACGCCACGACUCACUUUGAGACGACCUGCGACGACAUCAAGGACAUCUACAAAAGGAUGAUGGGCACAGACUUUGACUUUGCUGAGAUGGAGCGCAAGAAGAAGGACACCUUCGGCGACGCCGCAGAGUAAAGGGCGCGAGGCAUCCGCUGCACUCCGGAAUGUCCGACAACGCUGCCGACAACAGCAAUCGUAUUAAAUAAUUAAAAAAAAAAAAAAUUUAAAUGGAAAAUUUAUACAAAAAAUGUACACAGCAAUGGGCUGGCUGAUGAUCCAAGUAUAUUUGGUUUGCCCAUUUCAGGAAGUUGAUAUAGAGUUACGAUAUAGUACUUGCUGGAUAGGGGACAGGGUGGGAGCUGUGCUUUUUCUAAUCACAUUCAGACAGAUUUUGCACUGAAUACUGGUUAUGCCUAAAUACCAUCCAUUCUUCUACUUCAUAUUACGAUGAAGAAUGCGUAGUCCAAAGAUGCCAAAUCAAAAUUAUCAAUCAAAUCGGUUGUAUCGUUCAGUGUGGGAGGGUCAGUCCAAUUUUGUUCAUAGGACCGAACUGUGCAAAAAGCAGAAGUGUUUGGGAGAUAUUAAAUAUCUGCAGAUCAAUGAUAAUAAUAAUAAUGUAUCAUUCAUGUGAGGGCGAGGCGACAAGUGGCUUGGUGUCGUCCAUUUGUAUUCGAGCGUGAACUUUGCUGAGUAUUCGUCACAGGGCUUGGCGGCCAGGGUGCGCUCAGGCCCUGCAAAACCUUUUCCUGAAUACAACUGACAGCCGUGUGAGGCCGUACCUCAACCACCACCAGCUUAGAUAGUCAUGUGUGAGGACAAGUGGUUUAGAGGGGGCUUGACGUUUUUUGUUGUUCGUACCCCGCGUAGCACGUCAUCUCCAGCGCUUGGCCAGACCUAGGCAAAGCACCGUACUGUACUACAGCCAAGCCACUAGGGCAAGUAUAGUCCAUCAUAAAGGAAACCUACCUGAACCUGUUCACAACAGCUUGAGCAUUUAUAAUGUAACAGAAGAGACAUGCCAGUUUCUGUAUUAUGCAAAACGAUGGAACAUCCAGGCAUUAACGGCAGGUUGAGGGGUGGGGGAAUUUGGUUACGCCGACUGUAAUUGCUUUAGAAGGACCAAAUGUCUACUGCAGCAGUAUUGAUUUGACUGGGGCCCUGUGAUAUCUCAUCUGUUUUAAACUGUUCUAAAACAAUGUCGGGGCUCAGAUGAUUUCUGUACUGCAAAGUGAAAAAAACAAAACAAAAACAACUUGUCAACAACCAAA